CCUCAGCUAAAAAAAAAUAAAAAAAUUGUGGCGAAUGCGGUUUCACGCAUCGCGUUAUAAGUCUUCUCAAAUGCCUGCCGGGCGAAGGCAACUAAAUCCUUCGUGGAACUCAUCAAGUAACACGUUCAUGUACAGGAAGCGCCCAUCAGAGUAAAAAAGGGGAGGUGCGACACAAAUACUGUAGUUUUACUAAGACGCUAGUUUUACGAGUAAUCCAAGAGAUCCGCUGUUGUAGUCCGCAUUUCUAGCCCACCUUUCUAAAGAAACAGCGGAUACAAUUGGGAUCCACCGCAUUUUCUCUGUCGAACCCUUUUCUGCCUAGAAAGUUAUUUUGGCGGCUGUUAACUGACACGAGGUCAUCCUUUGGUCCUGAAACUAACACAGUCGUCACUACUAGUAGCCUACCUACGUUGGGGCGGACAGUGGCGGCCCUCCAGGCCCAUCAUCUCACUAUUAGCUACGCUCGCUUGGGCAGAGGGGAAUGGUCAGGCACUUAAGGGCCACCUAUGUUUCAGAGAUGGAAGAGCCGGCUUUGCCGUGGGAUAAGUCCCGCGCGGCUUUCUAAUCUAGCCGACCCUCCAGAAAUCACGGAAGGCGCGUGUUUGGGCAACGGCGUUCACGCAAAAAGCUCUUGCUCUCAGGUCCCGAGGGGGGGGGGAAAGAGACUGGUCCUCCUCCAUCCACCCUUGCUCUGCUCCCAAAGCGCUCUGCAAGGAUCCCGACCCCAUCCUAAACGACAAGCGCUCCGUCGGCCUGCGCUCUGAAGGCCCGUCCGAGCCUUCGCUGGGGGGCGAGCGUGAGAAUCCGUUCGCCUUCCGAGGCGGAGGGGCCGCUCUUUGCAGCCUCAGCGUCCUCCUCCUCCCCCGCUGCCUCUUCCUCGCCUCGGCGCGUAAGGAGGGGAGAACCAGGAAUCAGGCAUGGGGAAUGCGGUCGGAGCGGCUGCCGCAAGGGCUGCCGGUCUAUAGCCGGGCGGGCGGCCCGGGGCCCGGACGUAAGAUGGCGGCGGCGCUGACGGGGGGGAGGAGGAGAAGAAGGCGGAGGAGGGGGUGGCGGCUCCUGUGGCUGUCGGGAGGCUCGGGCUGUGGAGGAGGCGGCGGGCGGUUGUGCCCGGGCUCUCGGGGCGGAUAGAGGGAGAGAAAGAGAGAGAGAGAGAGAGAGAAAGAAGGAGAGAGCGGGGCUGGCAGGACCUGGGCUCGGGCCAGGCCGCCAUGGGCUCCCAGGUGUUGCAGAUCCUGCGCCAGGGCGUGUGGGCGGCUCUGAGCGGUGGCUGGUACCAGGACCCUCACCAGGGCGCCGGGGUGAAUGCGCUGCACCUCUACCUGUGGCUCUUCCUGUUCGGCUUCCCCUUCACGCUGUACAUGGCUCUUCCUUCUUCCAUGGUGAUAGUAGCAAUUUAUUGCCCAGUGAUAGCAGCUCUCUUCAUUGCUCUCAAGAUGGUAAACUACCGUUUGCACAGAGCUCUUGAUGAAGGUGAAAUUGUGGAGAGGAAUGCUAGUGAACGCAUGGACAGAGGUGCAAAAACAGAACAAGAUAACUCUUUGGCCCGGAGAAAGGACAGUAAUGGACCUAGUGAUCCAGGAGGAGGGAUUGAGAUGUCAGAGUUUGUUCGAGAAGCUACACCACCAGUGGGCUGUAGUUCACGAAACUCGUUUGCUGGCCUAGACCUAAAUAAUCAGAUUGGGUCUGGUUUAUCUCGUCGUGGAACGGCAGCUACCAUUAAAGGUGAUACAGACACUGCAAAGACUUCUGAUGACAUCAGUCUGAGUCUUGGCCAAAGUUCUAGUCUCUGUAAAGAGGGGAGUGAAGAGCAAGAUUUGGCAAGUGAUCGGAAGACUUUCCAUCUGGUCUCCAUUGAUUCCUUUGUGUCCAUUCAACCUUCAUUAUCAUCUGCACAAGAGUUACCAAGGGAUAGUACGGAAAAAGUGUGCCUCCCUAGCAACCACCACUUAGAUCAAUCUAUGUCCAAUGCAUGUGACACUGAAAUGGCUUCCCUUGUACCUUUGCAUUCACACUCCUAUAGAAAAGACCAUAGGCCACGAGGAGUGCCAAGGACUUCUAGUUCAGCAGUUGCUUUUCCAGACGUGUCACUAAAUGACUUCCCCCUCUAUCAGCAAAGGCGAGGACUGGAUACUGUUAGUGAGUUAGAAGCUUCCAAGCCCCGACUGGGAUCCAAAGAAUCUUUAGCUGAAAACUCCUGCCUUUCUGGAGUCUUUCAGCUGGAUGAUAUUUUGAAAUGUAGCAGUCCACAGUUAUUAGCCAAAAGCAGCAAGAGUAAAUCCUUACAAGCAGACAAAAGUGUGGAUAGUCUCAGAAGUCUUAGUACCCGAAGUAGUGGCUCAACAGAGAGCUAUUGCAGUGGGACUGAUCGUGAUACUAUCAGUACUGUCAGCAGCUACAAAAGUGAGCAGACAAGCUCCACUCAUAUAGAGAGUGUGCUGUCUGAGCAUGAAGAGUCCCCUAAAGAAGAGAAAAUGAACAGCAAGAAAAAGGACUGCUCUGUUGAUUCUGAUGAGGGUAGCUUUGCGACUGACAAAAGGACUAACAGUGAAGGAACUGCUCUUGAAGUGAGUGCGAGCAGUUUCAUUCAGGAGGAUCAAGGAGGAUCAAAUGCACCAGAGGAGAGGCACAACCAGAGGGCGCUUAGUGGCCGUGCUUCAGAAGAAGCAAAUAAGAAUCCUCAUGCAAAUGAACUGACGACACAUGUAGACCAGCCUCCUGGGAAACCUGCUGAGAAAAGAGAUGAGCAGAAAGAGAAAUCUUCCCUAGUUGACUCAAGAACUUGUAAAGAGAUGGUUGGAAAGCAAAAGGAGGGGGAUGUGAGGCCUAAAUCCUGCAGCUUAAUUCACCGGACAGCUUCAGCUCACAAAUCCAGCAGGAGGAGGACAGGGAAAAAACGGGCUAGUAGUUUUGACACAAGUCGACACAAGGAAUAUGUUUCUUUUCGAGGUAUAUCUGGUACCAAACCCCACAGUGCAAUUUCCUGCCAUGAUGAAGACUCAAGUGAUCAAAGUGACUUGAGCAGGACCUCAAGUAUGCAGUCAGCCCACCAGUUCAGCAGUGAUAGCUCUUCUAGCACCACCUCCCAUUCAUGCCAGUCUCCUGAGGGAAAGUAUAAUGCCCUAAAGACCAAAUAUGCAGCGAAAGAGAAGGGUACAGACUUGGAAAACUCUUACAAAAUCUACUUGGGCUCUGAGGCAAAUGGCAAAAAGCAUUCAGCACGACGGACUUCAAAUACAAACAGUGCCAAGAGUCGUACCAGGGUGUUAAGCUUGGAUAGUGGUACUGUAGCUUGCUUGAACGAUCCAAAUCUGAUGAUGCCAGAUAACAUAAAACAACUAACAACUUCAAAAUCUGACUUAGAGGCCAAAGAGGGAGAGGUGCUUGAUGAGCUAUCUCUGUUAGGAAGGGCUUCACAACUAGAAUCUGUCACUCGCUCUAGGAAUAGUUUACCAAACCAGCCUAUGUUUGCUGAAGGGGAAGAGCAGGAACAGGGAAGUGUUGCAGCAAAAACCAGUGAGGAGGCGGUCUCAGUUCGUCGUGAGCGCAGCACAUUUAGGCGUCAGGCAGUACGGCGCCGUCACAAUGCAGGGAAUAACCCUACCCCUCCUUCAUUGCUCAUCGGCUCACCCCUCAGCCUUCAAGAUAUUCAACAAGGGCAGCACUCCACAACCCAAGCCAAAGUCCAGUCCCGCCCCCAUUCCCAGGCAGCAGUGCUCAGUGCUAGCGCCUCCUUGCUGGUGAGAAAUGGGAGUGUCCACUUAGAAGCGUCACAUGACAAUGCAUCUGCUGUCGGCAGCAGCAGUUUGCACGAUGAACUUGGUAAGUUCAGUUCUACACUCUACGAGACAGGGGGCUGUGACAUGUCGCUUGUAAAUUUUGAGCCAGCUGCAAGAAGAACAUCUAAUAUCUGUGACACAGAUUCUCAUGUAUCAAGUUCUACCUCAGUUCGAUUUUAUCCACAUGAUUUACUUUCCCUUCCUCAGAUUAGGCUGAACAGGCUGUUGACCAUAGAUACAGAUCUCUUGGAGCAUCAAGACAUUGACUUAAGCCCUGACCUACAGGACCAUCUGCAGCCUCAAGAAGAAGCAGCCCAAAAAGUCAAACACUAUUACCGCUUUUGGAUUUUACCCAAGAUCUGGAUUGGUAUCAAUUUUGAUAGGCUGACUCUCUUGGCUCUGUUUGACAGGAAUCGUGAGAUCCUGGAAAAUGUAUUGGCUGUCAUCUUAGCUAUUCAAGUAGCUUUCUUGGGUUCUGUGCUCCUUAUAGAAGGCUUCUUCAAGGAUAUCUGGGUCUUCCAAUUUUGCCUAGUGAUUGCGAGCUGCCAGUAUUCCUUGCUAAAGAGUGUCCAACCAGAUUCUUCAUCACCUCGCCAUGGUCAUAAUCGAAUCAUAGCAUAUAGCCGGCCUGUUUACUUCUGUAUAUGCUGCAGUCUCAUUUGGCUGUUGGACUAUGGGAGCAAGAGCACUUUUACUGCAAAGUUCCGACUCUAUGGAAUGGCUUUCACUAAUCCAAUUUUGCUGCUUUCGGCAAGGGACUUGGUUAUAGUGUUUACACUGUGCUUCCCUAUAGUGUUCUUCAUUGGUCUUCUGCCUCAGGUGAAUACAUUUGUAAUGUACCUCUGUGAACAGCUGGAUAUUCAUGUCUUUGGUGGAAAUGCCACCACAAGCCUGCUUGCAGCACUUUACAGUUUUAUUUGCAGCAUUGUGGCAGUAGCAUUAUUAUAUGGAUUGUGUUAUGGUGCCCUGAAGGACUCUUGGGAUGGUCAACAUAUUCCAGUGCUCUUUUCAGUAUUCUGUGGUAUGUUAGUGGCGGUGUCUUAUCAUCUCAGCAGACAAAGUAGUGAUCCUUCUGUGCUUUUUUCUUUAGUGCAAUCAAAGCUUUUUCCUACUUCAGAAGAUAAAAAUCCAGAGGAUCCAUUGUCUGAAGUUAAAGACCCACUACCUGAAAAACUUAGAAAUUCAGUCAGUGAGCGUUUGCAGUCUGAUCUUGUCGUGUGCAUCGUCAUUGGUGUACUCUACUUUGCAAUUCAUGUUAGCACAGUGUUCACAGUUUUGCAGCCUGUCUUAAGCUAUGUCUUAUAUGCAUUGGUGGGAUCAGUAGGCUUUAUAACCCAUUAUGUGCUGCCUCAACUCCGGAAACAGCUCCCCUGGCAUUGUUUUUCUCAUCCACUGUUGAAAACCAAGGAAUACUAUCAGUUUGAAGUCCGCAAUGCUGCACAUGUAAUGUGGUUUGAGAAACUCCAUAUAUGGCUACUUUUUGUGGAGAAGAACGUUAUCUACCCUUUGAUAGUUCUCAAUGAGCUCAGCAGCAGUGCAAAGGCUAUUGCAAGUCCAAAAAGACUUGAUACAGAACUUGGUGCUUUAAUGAUUACUAUAGCUGGCAUGAAGCUGUUACGCUCCUCUUUCAGCAAUCCUACAUACCAGUAUGUUACUGUCAUUUUCACAGUUCUUUUCUUUACAUUUGACUAUGAACGUUUCUCGGAGACGAUGCUUCUAGACUUGUUCUUCAUGUCCAUAGUCUUUAGCAAGCUUUGGGAGCUUUUUUACAAGUUGAGAUUUGUGUAUACUUAUAUCGCUCCUUGGCAAAUCACAUGGGGAUCUGCUUUCCAUGCUUUUGCCCAGCCCUUUGCUGUGCCACAUUCUGCGAUGCUUUUUGUUCAAGCAGCUGUGUCUGCUUUCUUCUCUACUCCGUUAAAUCCUUUUCUGGGAAGUGCAAUAUUCAUAACUUCUUAUGUCAGACCUGUCAAAUUCUGGGAGAGAGACUACAACACCAAGCGAGUGGACCACUCCAAUACAAGACUGGCUUCUCAGCUUGAUAGAAAUCCAGGUUCAGAUGACAAUAACUUGAAUUCAAUCUUCUAUGAACACUUAACUCGGUCCCUCCAGCACAGCCUUUGUGGAGACCUUCUCCUGGGACGAUGGGGGAACUACAGUACAGGAGACUGCUUUAUCCUUGCUUCUGACUACCUCAAUGCGCUAGUACACCUUAUAGAGAUAGGCAAUGGUUUGGUCACCUUUCAGCUGAGGGGCCUUGAAUUCAGAGGAACUUACUGUCAGCAGCGAGAAGUGGAAGCCAUCACUGAGGGUGUAGAGGAAGAUGAAGGCUUUUGUUGCUGUGAACCUGGCCAUAUUCCUCACAUGCUGUCUUUCAACGCUGCCUUUGGCCAGCGCUGGCUGGCCUGGGAAGUCCUAGUUACAAAGUAUGUCUUGGAAGGCUACAGCAUCACUGACAAUAGUGCUGCUUCUAUGCUUCAAGUCUUUGAUCUGAGGAAAAUACUCACCACUUACUAUGUCAAGGGUAUACUCUAUUAUGUAACAUCCUCUCCCAAACUGGAGGAAUGGUUAUCCAAUGAAACAAUGCAGGAGGGACUACAGCAGUGUGCAGACCAAAAUUAUGUUGACGUGGACCCUACAUUUAAUCCUAACGUUGAUGAGGAUUAUGACCAUCGCUUGGCAGGGAUCUCUAGAGAGAGUUUUUGUGCUGUUUAUCUUAACUGGAUAGAAUAUUGUUGCUCUCGGAGAGAAAAGCCACUGAAUGCAGAUAAAGAUUCUUCCCUGGUCACACUUUGCUAUGGUCUUUGUGUCCUUGGCCGGAGAGCUUUGGGGACUGCUUCCCAUCAUAUGUCUAGUAAUCUGGAAUCCUUCCUCUAUGGACUUCAUGCCUUGUUUAAAGGAGAUUUUCGUAUCUCGUCCAUUCGAGAUGAAUGGAUCUUUGCAGACAUGGAAUUGCUGAGGAAAGUUGUGGUCCCUGGAAUUCGUAUGUCAUUAAAAUUGCAUCAGGACCAUUUCACUUCACCAGAUGAAUAUGAUGACCCUGCUGUUCUUUAUGAAGCAAUCACAUCCCACGAACAAAAUCUGGUUAUAGCUCAUGAGGGUGACCCUGCUUGGAGAAGUGCUGUCCUUUCCAAUUCUCCAUCUCUGCUGGCCCUUCGCCAUGUGAUGGACGAUGGUACCAAUGAGUACAAAAUCAUUAUGCUGAAUAAGCGCUAUUUAAUCUUCAGAGUCAUUAAAGUAAAUAAGGAAUGUGUGCGUGGCCUUUGGGCUGGACAGCAACAAGAGUUGGUCUUCUUGCGCAAUCGAAACCCAGAAAGAGGAAGUAUCCAAAAUGCAAAGCAAGCUUUGAGGAACAUGAUAAACUCAUCAUGUGAUCAACCCAUUGGAUACCCAAUUUAUGUCUCUCCUCUGACAACUUCCUAUUCAGAUAGUCAUGAGCAGCUCAGAGAGAUUCUUGGAGGUGCCAUUAGCCUGGGAAAUAUCAGAAACUUCAUAGUAUCUACAUGGCACAGGUUAAGAAAAGGCUGUGGUGCCGGCUGCAACAGUGGAGGGAACAUUGAAGAUUCAGAUGCUGGAGGAGGAACCUCCUGCAUAAGUAAUAGUGCAACUGCCAAUGACUCCCAGAGUAAUGUGUCUCAAGGAGGUGGUGGUGGAGGAGGAGGAGGUGGUGGUGGUGGAGGAGGAGGAAAUGUGACAGUUGGACUGGCACCUGGAACAGGACUGCAUCCAGCCACACCUCACCCUGCUACUCUAGGCACCAGCCAUAGCGCUCAUUCUGUGCAGUCCAGCCUUGUCAGACAUUCCCCUGCUCGUGCCUCAGUGGCCAGCCAGUCAUCCUAUUGCUACAGCAGUCGUCAUUCAUCCCUCCGCACGUCUGCUACCGGCUUUGUGCCUUGCCGACGCUCUUCCACCAGCCAGCUCUCCCUGCGUAACCUCCCAUCCUCCAUCCAGUCACGUCUGUCCAUGGUGAACCAAAUGGAACCUGCUAGCCAGACGGGUGUUGUCAGCGCACAGCAUGGCCUACCCUCUUCAAGCAGCUCCAGCCAAAGCAUCCCAGCCUGCAAACAGCAUGCCCUUGUUGGCUUUCUAGGGACAGAUGGAGUGAAUAAUGUUACCGAUACACAGCUGGGUGCAAAUGUGAGCCCUGUAAGCCAGACACAAACCAAAAGGGAUGAUGUUGUAUACAGAAUCCAGAUAAUGGAUCCCAGCCAGGUACUGGAAGGGAUCAACGUGUCCAAAAGAAAGGAGCUGCAGUGGCCAGAUGAGAAUAUAAGGUUAAAAGCUGGGAGAAACAGCUGGAAAGACUGGAGUCCUCAGGAAGGCAUGGAAGGCCAUGUGAUUCACCGUUGGGUGCCUUGCAGCAGAGAUCCAGGAAGUCGAUCUCACAUAGACAAAACCAUCUUGCUAGUCCAGAUUGAAGACAAAUAUGUUGCUGUGAUUGAAACUGGAGUCCUAGAACUUGGGGCUGAAGUAUGACCUAUUUCGGGUGGAGAACUUCUUGAUGGCCCUCUCCAAAAAAGUUUAGAAAUGAAGUGGGAACCCAAGAAAAGGCUCUCAAGUAAUAGGAAAAGACUUGAAAACCAAGUGGGUUGCUGUGUCCACAUCUGAUUCCUCCCAAAAAUAAAGGGGGAGGGAUGCUUUUUUAGUAUUUUUUUAAGUUAGCUGCUGAGGAAAAUGUUGUGCAUGAAGGGUAAACAUAUUUUAUCUUUUGUUUUAUACUUUAUUUUAUGCAUUGCAAUGCUUUAAAAGAACCCCACAUAUUCCCAUCUUAAAAUAGGAACAUCUUUUUUUUUCUAAUUGUUUUGCCAAAAAUGGCUGUGUUGACAAAAUAAUGUGGAUUCUGUUUUUUUUUAAGCACCUUGAGUAACAUACAGAUUUUGAGUUCGGUGCAAAACAGAAUUGAGAAUUUAUUCAUGGCAAGGGUGACCAGACAGAUUCUUAUUCUUUGUGGAUGAAAAAUUUCAAUGAAAAAAAUGCACUAAUAUUUUUUUUAUGGCAAUGCACUAAAAAAAUCUGAGAUUGCUCAGACCAUUUAUUUAUAUAUAUAUUAUAUGUAUAUAAAUAUAUAAACAGAAGAAAAUACAGUUAUUUAAAUUGCCUUUGGGAUUAACCCCCUUCAGCUCCAUGUUCAUAUUGUUGAUAGGAACUGUGCCAUUGAUUCGUUUUUGGUUCAUUAUAUUAGAUUCACAGUGUAUUCAUACUAUCCUAUUCCCAAUAAAGGUUGGAGCAUCAAUAACUAUAGAAUAAAACACCAGACCUUCCUGCUCUUGGUGAAAUCAGCUGAUGCUGCAGAUUUGCAGCCAUUUCACUUUUUUAUGUAGACCCAAUCACACAAUUGUGCAUUUUCUUCCUCUCCACCGGGUUGCUUUCCAACUUAGAACCAGCUAAACUAGACUAUCAACAUCUUUUGGAAGAAGCUUGCUCCUUAGAGAGAAACUGGGUGAGAUCCAAAAUUUUUAAGUGGAAUUGUGACUUUCAUUGUGUGUUGGGACUUCUUCCUUAUAUUCAGUCAGGUGAAACAACUUGACUUUUUUUCUUUAAAUUAAAGGACAAUAGAAGAGGCUGACUGUCAUAUUACUUGUACCAUUUCGCCUUUUUCUCUCCCUUUAGUCUUUAUUAUCCUUUUCUGUGACUUGAAUUUUAUUUUCAGUGAUUAUAUAUUAUAUAAUAACUGUACUUUUGAGUAUAACUGUGAAACUGAUUUAUGUUGCAUAUCUUAGGUUUUACUGUGUUUGCAUUUUUUUUAAGUGUGUGUUUUCAGGGAAACAAGAUACUCAAACAGCAUUGGGGUGAAGAGAGGAAGCGGCCGCUUCUUAACUUACCACUUUGAUGACUUGCAGCUUUCAAGAAAAGUUGUCUAUGUUGUGGUGGCUUCUUGUGUGUGAUCUGGAACUCUAUGAGGCUCAAUAGGAAGCUUAACACAGUCUGCAACUGUAGCUUUUAGAAGCAGCCAUCUUCUCUUCUGUUUAAAUUUUCCAAUGUUAAAACGAUUCAUGGGUGAUUUCACAAGGGAGGGACUUGAGCAAAAAUCAAUAUCAUUUGCAUACCUAAGUAAAGAAUGGAAGUCUUUGUGAUCAGAGAAUAUUUGAGGUAAAUGGCCUAACACAGGUAGUCCAAUGUCCAAAAAAAAGGAUGCUAUUCUAUGUAAACUGUCAAGUUGAACUUUUAUUUCGUAGUGUUGUGGAUUUCACUGCUGCAGAUAAGCUCUUGUUAUGUGCGUGAUAUCCAGACUCAGUUUCAAAGAAACAUACACACACAAAUGUGAGGAAACACUUGAAAAUAUUGUUCAUUUUUUUCUAGAUACAUGAAUUAUCGCAGGAAUGUCAGGAUGUCUUCAGUUUAGUACCAGACUCUCUUGGCAUUUUCAUUACCAUGCCAGCAUGAGUGAAGCCAUCUUCUGUUUUUUGAUGGGUCACUUUUUGGCUCCCUUCUCAAUUGUAUAUGUAUUUAUCACUUCCAUCUUGAGUUUCACAAGGAUAGUAAAGGAGGGACGACCAACUUUUCAGAAAAUCAGUGAUUUCUCACACAAUUACAUCUUUCAGUUACAGUGUCAGCUUGAAUUAGGCAAGAGCAUAAGUAUAAUGUGGCCUGUAUUAGAUUUCUCUGAGAAUAAGAUCUAGUUUUUUUCAUUUUAAACAUCUGGUUGAGAAUAAAUAUCCGACAAAUCUGUUAAUUAUAUUAGACAUUGCUUACCUAAUCAGAGACUAAAAGGCUAAUUUUAAGCCCCCUAAUUUGUUCAUAUUUGGAUAUAUUUCUAAUUUAAUUUAGCUGUUAGUGAACAUGAUUUCACCUACACCAGUAUCAGAUAUACAUCUCAUCUACCUAGUGAUGAAUGUGUUGCAAGAAGAUACACAAUCUGUUUCACCUUCAGAUUUCUGAACUUGCCUAUGACCCAUUAAUUUGGAGAUCAAAUUCUGAGAUUCUUGCAUUUUAACAUACAACCAUCUAUGUAGUGCAUAUAAAAGUUUUACACAAAGCUUGUCUACUUUUUCCUCACUGUAUUAGGAGAACCUAUAAACCAAAAAGAUUAAACUUCUCUGUAGCUUUUAUUAUGUGGAGGUAUAAGACGACCCAGUACUUCCAUGAAUUGAUUACCAUCCAUCCCUUCAGCAAGAUGAGCAAAGGUUUCUUGAAUUCUAAAAACUUUUCAAAACAUUUUGCUAUUCAUUAUGAACUAUUUUAUGUGGAUACUAGUCCACUUAUAUAAAGUUUUCUCUGCUUAAGACAAACUUUGGUAAUUUACAUCCAGGAACUGUUUAUGCAGAUUCAUUUUUCUAUACUUAAUAUUUAUGUAUCUAUGUUUAAUAAGCUGACUAUACAAUGAGGAGUUCAUCUUUAAACAGAAAAGCAUACUUAAGUUCCCCAGUUUAUGAUCCUGGGAACUUAAAGCAAGAACUUUCCUUACCUCAUUUUGAAAGGCUUUGUUUUUCUUAAAAGGACACAAAAGUCUAUAAAUACCAAAUAGCAGAAUCGAAUCAUGGACUAGAGUCUUUCCUGUGAAAUGGGGAGAAAUCUUUAGUAGGAAAUGAGAUGUACUUUUUUUAAAUUGUAAGAGUGCACCUGAUAUUUCUGAUUUUAAUUCUGUGAUGGCUUUACCUCCCAGCUGUGUAGCUGGGGAGCUAACAGUUCACCUAUGUGAAAAUGUUGAAUAGAUGUACCUGUGGAAUAAUACAUCAGAGGCCCUUGAUAACAUUGCUUUUGGACAAACCAAUACCAAAACAGGCAGUGAAAUUCCUAAGAAUAAGAACAUAUAAAUGUUGUUUGGAGUAAUUUAAUUAAAAGAGAAAUUCAGAGUGUGUAUAAAUGCUUCAUAUUAGGUAUGGGGUUAAGCCACCAUGGUAUUAUAUACCUGAUUUUAUUAAGGGAAUUUUUUUUACCUAUUAUAUAGGUUUCUACUUGUCUGGCCUUACUUGGUGUUUGAUAAUCUGAUGCCCCUUCCUCUGUGAUGCUAGACAGUGUAAGAAAAUAUAGCGGUAUUUAAUACGUGCCUUAGUAAAAUUAUGGUGGGUACAUAACACCUUGGUGGGAGCUACUGCUCUUCAAUAGUUUUCACCCAUUUUUUAAAAGGCUGUAUUUAAGAUGGCUGCUCCAAAAGGCUUCAGAGGUGUGAUGCACCAUUCAUAGGCAAGUACUUCUUACAAGUACAUACCAUUUAGAUGUUUCUAGUGUGUAUACAGACCACUCAAUUAAGUCAUUUAGCUUAUGACUUUCAGCAGAUGGAAAUCACAGAAUUUGAAGGUUAAAUUUGUUUCUUUAUGAAACUUAGCCUGACAAUGAACUGCGAAUAAAUAAGUAGAGGGAGGAGAGUAAAAAUACAGCAAGUUGGAAAGUGGAAUAUAUGUACCAGCAUAACCAGCAUAUGGAGAUCUUGCUAGAACAGGGGUAUGUGUACUAUGUAUGUAUGUAUGUGAGUGGGUGUGUGUCUGCGUGGGUGUUGUUGGGAACAGCCUGUAAAUAUUGUAGUUGUUAAAACUGGGGUGGGUGGGGAUGAGGGGCUAUGUUUGCAACAUGUUGCAUUGAAGAAGACAGUAUUGAUAAUACACAAAUUGAUAGUGAA